AGAUGUCUGUGCGAAGGCCCCGGGGCGACGACGACGACGACGAGCUGCAGGGGAGCGGAGCCGACGAUCAGCAGCAGAGGCAUGGACCCAGGAGGAUCCGCCCGGCGCCACUGUCUUUUCGAUCGUUAGAGUCUCUUUACUAAAUCACUCGUCUUCUCUAAGAUUUUCCAGCUUUUUUUUCCUUUGAAAAUGAAGAUUUUCAGUUUAUGAUUAAUUGCAUGCUUUGAUUUCUAAUUCCUUCCUCCCUGGUACAGUGGAAAUUAUUCAAGUUUCUUGCUCCUAUUUCUUCGACCAGGUGCAUAGAUAUAUCGCCUCGUCCGAAGAGCUGCAACCGCGGAUACUAUUCAGCAAAUCGUCGUGAGUUUGGAACCGGUUAUCCGUAGGGUGGUACGUGAGGAAAUUCAAAAUAUCUUUGCUCAGCAUGCUCACAUACCAAUACCAUGCAGAUCUCUCCCUUUACACAUCCAAGAGGUGGAUGUCUCGCCUCCACUGAAGCUUUCCUUUACGAAGCGGCUCAUGCUACCAAUCUUCACCAACAACAAGCUUGUGGAUGCUACGAGCAACGCAAUUGAGAUCCGACUUGUGGAUACAAGAACCAACUGUCCCAUCACACAAACAAACACUCACCUAGGCUCUUCUUCAACAAAGCUACAAGUGUUUGUCCUAGAUGGUGAUUUCAGAUGCGAUGACGGCGUUGGGUGGACAGAUGAUCAGUUCAAUGCUGCAGUUGUAAAGGCUAGAGAGGGCAGGAGACCACUGCUUGUGGGUUGUACACUCAAUGUGCCAAUGGGCAAUCAUGGAGUAGCGGUGCUAGAUGAUGUGUCAUUCACCGACAAUUCAAGCUGGAUAAGGAGCAGGAAGUUCCGGAUCGGUGUGCGCGUCAUGGCAUCUACAUAUUAUGGUCCCCGGAUCCAGGAGGCGGUGAGCGAAAGCUUCACGGUGAAGGAUCAUCGAGGCGAAUUGUACAAGAAGCAUUACCCACCAAAUCUGACUGACAAUAUAUGGAGACUAAAGAACAUCGGAAAAGAUGGGCCAAUUGACAAGAGAUUGGAGUCCGAGGGGAUCAAGAACGUCCAGGACUUCUUGAAGCUUAACACCAUAGAACCCGAUAAGCUAAAAAGCCUUGUUGGAAUGUCAGAUCGGCAAUGGAGGACGACACUAAACCACGCCAAAACUUGCGAUACGAAAGGGAAAUGCUACGUUAUCAAAUCUCAAGGGUGUGAAGUUAUAUUCAACCCCAUAGGAGAGAUUCUAGCAGCUAGGAUUGGUGACCAGACAUGCUCUUUGCAACAGCUCCACCAGCAACAAAUGGUGCAAGUGAAGGAAUUGGCAGUCAAGGCAUACCAGCAGUGGGAUCAAUUGGAGGAAGUGGCACAUGAGGCGGCACUUGCUGCAUACGGUGGCUUGAUACCAUCAUUUCCCCAGGAAAAUCCCAGUUCUUCAUGCACACCAGCAAGCAAUGAAAGCAUGAUCAGUUCAGGGUCUCAGAAUGCAGAGUAUCUUGACAACAUGGGGUCUAGAACUGCUACAUCCAGUGCUCUAAUGGCAACUAAUAGCAGCAGCACCUUGGAUUCGGCCACAGCAACUGUUCCGGCUAGUUGUGAUGCUAUGUUCUGGAUCCCAAGCAUGGCUGCUGACGAUCACUUCAGCUGGAACAACUCUCCAAACCUUGGUUGUUGGGAUCAAGUGGACUAGUCUUCCUCUCUAUUUAAGUGGCUACUAUUUUUAUGCUUUGUAAUCCAGUGUGAUUCAAAUAUCCACUCUAUUUGAGUCCGUCUUGUGUAAGGAAAUGCAUUGAAGUAUAAGGUGUGUCUUUCGUGUUGCAACUUCCAAGUGGAGUUGAUUCCCCAA